GCGCCGGCCGAAGCCGGAAGCGGCGGCUGUCGGAGGAAGCGGGUGCCGGGUCUGGUGCUGUCCGGCGCCGGGGAUGGCUCGGGCAGCGGUGCCGGCGCGGCGCAGCGGGUGGCCGUGGCGGUGGCUGCGGACGCUGCUGCUGCUGCCGCUGCUGCGGUGGAGGGCCGCCCUGGGCGCGCUCCCUUUCGGCAGCAGCGGUGGGCAGCCGGGCUUCGCGGAGCUCCUGUCGGAGCAGCAGCUUCUGGAGGUGCAGGACUUGACCCUGUCUCUGCUGCAGGGCAGAGGUCUGGGGCCGCUGUCGCUGCUGCCCCCCGACCUGCCGGAUCUGGAGCCCGAGUGCCGGGAGCUGCUGAUGGACUUCGCCAACAGCAGCGCCGAGCUGAUCGGGUGUAUGGUGCGCAGCGCUCGGCCCGUGCGCCUCUGCCAGACCUGCUAUCCGCUCUUCCAACAGGUCGCAAGCAAGAUGGACAACAUCAGCCGAAGCGUCGGGAAUGCCUCCGAGAGCCAGCACUGCGCCGGCAGUCUCCUGAUGGCGGACAGAAUGCAGAUAGUUGUGAUGGUCUCCGAGUUCUUCAACACCACGUGGCAGGAGGCCAACUGUGCAAAUUGCUUAACGAACGACAGUGAAGAUCUGUCAAAUAACACGGAGUACUUCCUCAGCCUGUUCAAUAAGACUUUGGCCUGCUUUGAGCACAACCUGCAGGGCCACACAUACAGUCUUCUCCCACCAAAAAAUUACUCCGAAGUUUGCAAAAACUGUAACGAUGCAUACAAGAACCUGAGCCUCCUGUACAGUGAAAUGCAGAAAAUGAACGGGCUGGAGAAUAAGGCUGAACCCGGCACACACUUAUGCAUCGAUGUGGAAGAUGCAAUGAACAUUACUCGAAAGCUGUGGAGUCGAACCUUCAACUGUUCGGUCACCUGCAGUGACACAGUGUCUGUAGUCGCAGUUUCUGUGUUCAUCCUCUUUCUUCCUGUUGUCUUCUACCUUAGCAGCUUUCUUCACUCGGAGCAAAAGAAACGCAAACUCAUUCUACCCAAACGUCUCAAGUCAAGCACCAGUUUUGCCAACAUUCAAGAAAAUUACACCUGAAGCCUGCAAAACGGGGGCUCCACCCCGCAUCGAGCGAGUGAAUGGUUGGACCACAGCAGUCAGAAAGAAGAUAAGCCAAGAUCUGACAAGUCACGUCCUGAAUUGCCAGGAUGCAUACUUUUAAUUUAUUCUGAAUAAGAGCUUUCGAAUAUCCUUUCCCUGUCUGCCCCAUUGUUAAAGAUUUCUGUAUUUUUAAAUUUUCAGACACAGCAAUGUUACGUAUUUUAAGGUAUAUCUGUUAGAGUAACAAGUGAGGUUUUUUUUUGUUAUUUUUUGUUUGUUUGUUUGUUUGUUUUUUAGGUAUAUGACUACUUGACACUUCUGAUAUCUCCUCGCUAACAGAAGUACACAAAACACAAGCAGCUGAAGACUGCCAUUUCUACAUUAGUCACUGAUAGCCAACUUUGAAACAGAAAUAAAUAUACUUGCCAAGUGGUGGUAGCAGGCUCAAAGAUUAACUUAAAUGAAUUCCCAAUACAGUGUUAUAGUUUAUAUAUGUACACACACACACACACACAUACAUAUAUGUGUAUAUACAGAUAUACACAGAUACAUAUAUAUGUAUAUAUGUAUAUUUAAUAUAUCAUACAUUCAAAUAAUGUUCUCUGUAGUUUCCCUGAAGUCAUCUUUGAAACCACUAAUUAUAAACCUCCUUAACAGUUUUCAGAAGCGAUGAGCCACAUUAUACAUUUAUCUUUGUUAAAGAUUUAGGGUAGCUGGUUUUCUAACUUGACUUUUAUAAAUAGUAUCUUACAUCUUAUUUUUGCCUUUAUUUCAAAAGUAAUUCAAAAUCACUGGACCGCUUUAUGUAUCUUUAGGACAAGAUGAUCUCAUUUCAUCCAAGGAUUUGCACUGUGGAUUUCAUGAAACUAUUUGACAACUUGUAACUUAUUAAUACUUUAAAUCAAAUGUAGCACAGGUGUAUCGCACUGUAUUUAAAUUGUGAUUUUUUUUUUUAUAAGAAUGUCAUCUUGGAAUGACUGGAGAUUUGGGGAGAAAUGAAAGAGGAAUACAAGAGCGUAACGUUUAGAAAGUAGACAAGGACACGCGUAGAUGCUCCCUGCAAGCCCCCCCCCCCCCCGGGUAGUUUAUACGGCCGGUGAAUUGUGAGACAGUCUCACCCAGGAAGCUUCACCAUAAGCUCCCAGGACGUCCCUCCAGGGUGAAAGCGAUAGGAAUGCAAUGAAAUGACGCGUUUUACUGUCAGGAAAUGAAUUCUACUUUGGAAUAUUUUAAGGAACCUUUAAGGCAAUGUUUUGUUUCAGUAUCUUUCAGUUUUAUCUCUCAGUAUAGAAGAGUUGAUGACCUCGCUUGUUAAUUCUCUGUUUUUCGGUGGAAAUGGGCUUUGUUUUAAAGACUGUGGCGCCUCUGGUGCAGUGGUUAGAAAACGUGAAUCCCUUUACAGACUGCAAUCCACUCUAGAGGGAGACGGGACUGUUUUUGUGUGUUUGUUUGUUUGUUUGCUUGCUUGCUUGCUUUUCAAUAUUUACCUCACGCGCAGAGUGUGAAAGCAGGCUCAUCCUGGAGUGUGACCCACGUAGGCUGUGUGACAAUCGGAUGGCGCUGUCCCAGCUUUUCUGGUCUGCUGUGAGCCCCUUCAAUGUGCUGCCGUUUGUCGCACUGCCACCCUUCCUGCUGCUGUGACUAAGGGCACUGUCUUGACAUGAAGCACGGGGCUGAGGGCCAUUGAAAACAAUCCUCAUCGAUGCACACGAAGCCAGUUUGCAAGUGCAAAGUUAGCCAAGAGGCAUGUUUGAACUGUGAGCUGCAACUCCACUGGUACCUUUCAGUACUGUGUGUACAAACCAGUGUUUUUGGAUACAAAGCCGAUUAGCGCUUUAACAAGCCAGCCAUCACUGUUUCCUGGUCAGGGCUUCGCUCCCUAGAAGCUGCAUCAGAAAGAAGUACACAUUAAGUGCUCAACUGAAGGGCAGAGGAAUUUCGUCUUAUGCUUUACAAUAAAGGAAAUAACAAGGA